AUGCCCCACGACUACGCCGACGCUGUCCAAGCUCCUGGAGUCGCUCCUGUCCCAGUGCCUGGCCAAGUCGCUGACCAAGUCGGAGAUGACGCUGCCGGCAACCAAUUCGACGUGUCGACCCGCGAGAGCGGACGUGGUGCUUCCGACUCGAGUGGUGACCGGCUUGAUCGACUCGAGGGUCUCAUCGAGAGUCUGGUGCGAGACGCCUCACGCGAUCGGCUGGAGAAGGCCCAGCUGCAGCACGGAGUGUAUGUGUCGAACUCAUCGGCGGCCGGCUCGAGCGCCUUCAGCCAAUUCCUGGCAGCUCGUCGGCAACGAGUGAGGGCCGACUCGCUCACCGAAGCAAUGCGGCAAUGCAGCAGCAACAGUUCGCGCCUGCUCAGCCGCAGCCAGUGCUGUUCCAGCAGCAUGCACUCGCGGCGGACCCGCGUCUGCAGCAGCAGCAGUUUGCGCCUCCGAGAGGCUUCGGGUUGA